AUGGCUGAGAUCGAACAAAUCGAGAACACUGACCUAGAACAAUGUCGUCAGAUCAUUCAAAUGGUACUCUCGAGUGUCUAUGUCAACGACCUGGAUAGAGAAUGCGAACAGUUGAAGCAUCAGAUGAACGAAGAGUUGCGAGCUGAGAACAAAAAGAUCAGAGAGGUAAAGCAAGGUUUUUGAAACAUUUUAAAUAUUUUUUUUUAAUUUUAAAAAAAAUUUUUGAAAAUUAAAAAAUAAUAUUGGCAUAGUGUUGCAAGCUUAUGUUUGGCGCUAAAUUGACUUAUAAUAAAGGUUAAUGUAAGUCCAAUUAAAGCUCUUUUAGCUAGAAACGAUGAUUGAAUCACUGAAACUAGAAGUAUCGGAAAUGACUUUCGAUAAGACUGUAAGUUUUGUUUCAACUAUGUUCAGAGCAAUAUGGACACAAAAUACGUUAGAAUUACUAACCGUUGACACUUUCAGAAAGUAGUUACACGAGAUGAGAUGAAACACUUCGAAGAGAUGCGACUCAGAGUAAGUUUGCUUAACACUAUAACCUGCCAAGAUACUAGUAUGUUAUGAUAGUAUUUAUCAUUUGAUAAAUAUUAUUAUUUACCGUGGAACUAUAAAAGACGUAACUUUAGAGUAGGCUUCAUAAUAAUAAACAAAUAUUUAAAUAACUACCAAAAAUUAAAAUUCCAGAUCUACAGACUGAAGCUACAAACCCUCCGGAUGGAUAUGUUUAUAGGCAGGCUACAAGACGGCGACAAGAACAACUCUGGAUCCCUUUACGGUGUGGAUGAGAUGAUUUGUGGAUACAGAAGGAUCAUCACCUUCUUGGAGGCGUGCAUCGACCAGAUCGAGGACUUCGGAUGUCGCUCCAUCGACUCGGAUUCUGGCUUCAUCUCGAACGAGAAGUUGUUCGAGUUGUCAUUGUUGUUCAGAAAGACUGUCACUGAACUCAAGCUGGAGGUUCAAGCAUUUGAGGGCUUGGAUCGAGAUUGA